AUGGACCGGAAAUACGCCCGAUAUUGGGCGAUAACGAUCAAGAACCAUUUGGACACGGAAAUUUACCUACUAAAACCCAUUGGAGAGGUCGAUAAAGUGCUCAAAUUAUCGCAACCAGAACUCGUCCAACCGGUGAUAACUGACAUUGAUGUCAAUUCGAACUCUGACACGAGUUCAAAGAAGAGAGAUCUCGGAAGACUCAAAUUCAGCCUCGAUUACGACUUUAAACAAAGCCAACUAACGGUUCAUGUCAUUCAGGCUGCUGAUCUAGCGGCGAUGGAUCUGGGUGGCACUUCGGAUCCGUAUGUAAAAGUCUAUCUCCUACCUGAUCGAAAAAAGAAGCACGAGACGAAAGUUCAUAGAAAAACACUGAACCCGACAUUUGAUGAAAAAUUCACGUUCAACGUAAAUUACAAUGAGAUCGGAGGCAAGACUCUCCUACUCGCUCUUUACGAUUUCGACAGAUUCUCCAAACACGACAUGCUUGGGCAAAUACAUGUGCCGUUGUCCUCCAUCGACUUUGGCCAAGUGCAUCAAGAAUGGCGCGACCUCGAACCGUCCAAAGACGACAAGAGCAGGGCUAGAGCUAAAGCAUGUGCUGUAGCGUCAGAAGUUCGCAAUUAUUCAUUUAGUGCUCUUUAA